GAAGAAAACGAAGGUGGCGGGGUGAAGGAGGCAGAAGAAUUCUGUCGCGAACGGAAGCAAGUGGCCAAACAGCUGCAACUACAACAACAUGUCGAUUGUGUUUGUGCCAAAGAAACUACGAGGAAAGGCGAAAAUUAACCAAGAAACAAUACAGAGGUUAUUGGAUGAGAACGACCAGUUAGUUAGAUGCAUCGCGGAGUACAUGCAGAAAGGACGAGCAGUGGAGUGUGUACAAUACCAACAGAUCCUACACCGCAACAUCGUCUAUCUGGCAACCAUAGCUGAUGCCAGCCCAGACAGCGUGCCCCCCUGUCCAAAUCCUACAUCUAAUGAAACCCCAGCCUCGACACAAACUGUGAAUGGACACGGAGGGCCAUGAUGAUGGCAUCUUCUGUUGGUGCUGUUGAGAUGGAGUGUUUUUCAUCACAGGAGAAUAUUCAUAAAAACAAAUGUUAUUUUCAGUAACGUUACCCUUUUCAAGGUUUUUUUGUGUUUCAGUUCAGUUGUGUUGUUUAUAUUAUGUUGGAAAAAGUCUCAAGAGUUUGUAAAAUAUGAUUUGUGCAUUAAAAAAAAUCUAUUUUUCAGUUUUUGAAAUUGUUCAAUUCAG